CCCUGUUUUCUGUAGGUUUGUGAUGGAUCUCAAUAGUGCCAGCAGCAUUGUGCUGCAGGUCUUGACCCAGGCAAGUAGCCAAGACUCCACCGUUUUGAAACCAGCAGAGGAACAGCUCAAACAGUGGGAAACGCAGCCUGGAUUUUAUUCUGUGCUCCUGAAUAUAUUCACAAAUCACUCCUUGGAUGUGAAUGUGAGAUGGCUGGCUGUCCUGUAUUUUAAGAAUGGAAUUGAGCGGUAUUGGAGAAGGGUAGCUCCACACGCUCUAUCAGAAGAGGAGAAGUCCACGUUACGUGUGGGGCUCAUUACCAACUUCAAUGAACCAGUAAAUCAGAUUGCCACUCAGAUUGCUGUAUUGAUUGCUAAAGUUGCAAGACUCGAUUGUCCUAAGCAGUGGCCUGAGCUUAUUCCCACCCUCAUAGAAUCCGUAAAAAUGCAGGAUGAUCUUCGUCAGCACAGGGCUUUACUGACAUUUUAUCAUGUCACCAAGACCUUGUCCUCCAAAAGACUUGCCUCAGACAGGAAGCUCUUCCAAGAUCUAUCCUCAGAAAUCUACAGUUUUGCCUGCUGCCUGUGGAAUCACCACACGGACACCUUCCUAGAACAGGUCUGCAAAGGGGAUGAACCGGCAGCUGUCAAUUCACUUGAAAGAACAUUACUAUCAUUAAAAGUUCUACGGAAGCUCACAGUACAUGGUUUCUUAGAACCGCUACAUAAUGCUGAAGUUAUGGGAUUUCUGCAUGCAGUAUUCGUCAGAUUAAAGCAAUUUUUAGAAUGCCGUAGAAGCAUUGGAGCAGAGAAUGUAUGCAGAGAGAGACUGGAGAAAGUUAUUAUAUUAUUUACUAAAGUGCUCUUAGAUUUUCUGGAUCAGCACCCAUUCUCAUUCAUCCCCCUGAUCCAGACAUCCUUGGAGUUUGCAGUGAGCUAUGUUUUCACAGAGGCUGGCGAUGGAAUUGUGUUUGAACGGUUUAUAGUUCAGUGCAUGAGGCUCAUUAAGAUGAUUGUUAAGAAUGAUUCGUUCAAGCCAUCCAAAAACAUUGAAGAGAGUAAACCAGAAACCAUGAAUGCACACCAAAUAAAAACGGCCUUCUUCACCUACCCAACGCUAACCGAGAUCUGCAGGAGACUAGUCACUCAUUAUUUCCUUCUGAGUGAGGAAGAACUUGCGAUGUGGGAAGAGGAUCCUGAAGGCUUUGCUGUGGAAGAAAUCGGAGGUGACUCUUGGAAAUUCAGUCUAAGGCCGUGUUCUGAAGUUCUGUUCAUUGACAUUUUCCACGAAUACAGCCAGACACUAACUCCGGUGCUCUUAGACAUGGUUGACAAGCUUCAAGGUCCAACGCAUGUAGAAGACCUGAAUGCUUUGCUAAUAAAAGAAACUGUUUACAAUGCCGUUGGCCUGGCUGCCUACGAGUUAUUUGAUAGCAUUGACUUUGAUGGGUGGUUUCAAAGACAACUGCUUGGAGAACUACAAAUCCGCCACGAUAGGUAUAAACUGUUACGGCGCCGGGUAAUUUGGCUGAUUGGUCAAUGGGUUUCGGUAAAAUUCAAGUCUGAUCUGAGACCCUCGUUAUAUGAAGCAAUCCUGACUUUGCUGCAAGACCAGGACUUGGUGGUUCGAAUAGAAACAGCAACAACUUUAAAGCUGGCAGUCGAUGAUUUUGAAUUCAGGACAGAACAGUUUUUGCCAUACUUGGAAUCCAUAUUCACCCUGAUUUUCCAGCUACUCCAGCAGGUUACAGAAUGUGACACAAAGAUGCAGGUCCUGCAUGUGUUAUCCUGCGUUAUCGAGAGGGUCAACAUCCAGAUCCGACCUUUUGUUGGAUGCCUAGUACAGUAUUUGCCUCUUCUAUGGAAGCAAAGUGAAGAACACAAUAUGCUGAGGUGUGCAAUUUUGACAACGUUGGUUCAUCUUGUAAAGGGUUUAGGAGAAGAAUGCAAAAAUCUGUAUCCGUUCCUGCUACCUGUCAUUCAACUGAGUACAGAUGUUUCUCAGCCACCACAUAUAUACCUUCUAGAAGACGGCUUAGAAUUAUGGUUAGUAACCUUGGAAAACUCUCCAGCAGUCACUGACGAACUCCUCCACAUCUUUCGCAAUAUGUCUGCUUUGUUGGAACUUGGUACUGAAAAUCUUCGCAUCUGUUUCAAGAUCAUUGAAGCCUAUAUCUUCUUUGCCUCCUCUGAAUUUUUGCAGAUAUAUGCAGCUAACCUCUGCAACUCGUUCCUUGAGCUCCUUAAGGAUAUAAACACAGAAGGCCAAGUUCAAGUGCUUAAGGUUUUAGAAAAUGAACUCAUGGUCAACCCAGAGGUUGGUCCCCAGAUGUUCCAUGCUCUCCUUCCACCGGUCUUCCGAGGCAUAUUAGAGGGAGAGAGAUAUCCGGUAGUUAUGUCCACAUACCUGGGCAUCCUUGGACGGGUACUUCUACAAAAUACAAGCUGCUUUUCUUCUCUGUUGUGUCAGAUGUCACAAGAAUGCAAUCAAGAGGCUGACCAGGUUCUUGGAAGCACUAUUGACAUGUGGGUAGAUCGAAUGGACAACAUUACUCAGCCAGAAAGAAGGAAGCUUUCAGCUCUAGCCUUGCUUUCUUUGCUUCCCUCUGAUAACAGUGUUAUCCAGGAUAAAUUCUGUGGAAUCAUUAAUAUUUGCGUGGAAGGUCUUCAUGAUGUCAUGACUGAGGAUCCGGAGACAAGUACUUAUAAGGACUGCAUGUUAAUAUCGAGUACUGAUGAACUCCAAGCCAGUGAGAGUGACGAACCACCAACCGAACAAGAUAAGAGGAAAAGGGUGCUUGCUUUGAGGGACCCGGUUCAUACAGUUUCUCUUCAACAAUUUGCCUAUGAAAAACUGAAAGCACAGCAAGAACUAAUGGGAGAAGAAGGAUUCCGAUCUCUAAUGGAAACUGUCGAUACUGAAAUAGCAAAACAGCUACAAGAGUUUUUACAGCGUAUCUGAAUAAGGAGUUGUUACCAGACAAAAACAGUUGCAAAAGUUAUUGACAAAAUAAAAUUUUGCAAAAUGAUUUCUUCCAUUUGUUUUAGGGUAAAAACACAAAAACAAAGAAUUAUCCUAAAAAAUAUGUCCAAACAGUAUAAUUUUAUACAUGGAAAUCAUUCAUUUCACACAUUUCAGGUAUAGAAUUGUCGACGGACAGUAAGUGUGUAUUCUGGCUAGAACUCUAUGCACACUGAGAUAUUAACAUUUUUAUAAAGGAAAACAUUUUGUUGACUCAAUUAUUGAGCAAUAUGCAACAUUAGAUUAAACAUGUUUUUAUCCUUUA